AUGGCGAUAUGGCCAUUUGGUCGGAGUAAUAAAAACAAGCGGCACACCAUCCAAGUGAGUCCAGAGGAAGCCGCCGCUAUUCAGUCCUCGAUCGCGAAUGACCCGAGAGCCGCUGCCGCCGCCGUUGGCAUCGAGCCUACCUUGGGCCGUAAGCCUUCCCUUCGACCCUCCAAGCGUCAGAACAGCAAUCGCCUGUCCCGGACCGGCGAUGAGGUCGGUAGCAUUCAUCCGGGUCUAGGCCGUUCAUCCUCACAACGUCAACGACCCGUCUCGUUAAUCGAUCAGCGAUCAUCGCGAAUGAGUUCGGACCGCGCCGACCCGGACGGCCCCCAACAAGCCUUGUCAAGGACGGAGUCUUUCAUGCGGAACAAGAAUCAAAAUGGCCCAAAUAAACUCCGCCGAAGACUCAGCAAGCGCAAGGCCCACGAGAUCAUGCGCGAGCGUGAAAUCCGCAUGCUGUCAUCUAUGCCGAUCGACAUCCCGCGUCGAACAGGUCAAUCGGACUAUAAUAUGAUGGAUCAACGGCGUCGGAAGACGAAUGGCCGUCUGAACAGGUACCAGUCGGAUAUUAGCCUCUCCAUUCGUGAUUCGGCGGCGUCGUCCAUGUCCGACUUGACAGAUCCAUACACUUUCAAGGUUAACGCGUUUGCGGCACUGACUCCUCGACCCGUGGUUCGAUACGUGGAAGCGCCACGGGUUUCCACGGCUCGUAGCAAUAACCCUCCGAAAGAUCAACUACAGAAUCUGACUACAUCGGAUGAGGAUCUCUACUACUCGAAGCGGCGGGUGAAUGAGUUGGCCGAUUCGUUGGAUGCAAACACACUGCGGGAGUUGUUGGAUCGGGAUCGUCGCCGUCGAGAAAAGAAGCAGAUUGAUGACCAGGAGAGGCUACGACGCAAGUUGCAGGAACGAGCCGAUGCACAACAAGCCCAGGAGGCACGAGAGGCUGAAGAAGCUGUAGCCGCUGCAGCUGCCGAGCGGGAGAUCGCCGCUGUGGAAGACCAUGAGCAGACUACGGAGAACACGGACGCUCAGGUUGAUGAAGAACGGGGUGAAUCAAAUGAAACUGAUGUCCCGAUGGAGUCGAUCGAAGAUAGCUCACCGGUCAUUGCACACACUCGUGACUCCUCUCUUCAUGAACCCAAGCUAGCGAAACGCUCGAGCUUUGCUCCAUCACAUGAGAUGGGCAUGUCUCGCACGACACUGUCCCCGUCCCACUCGUCUGUCCGCCACGGGCUCAGUAGUCCCAGCCAUUCCCAAACCUUUGGCAUGGGUUCAAAUUCGGACCUCUCAGAACGCCGAUUGUCUGAUACCAGUGGGCGCCGCGGGAACACCCUCACAGGCCUAUUCCGACGUGGUUCUUCUCGCCUCAAGCGCCGCUAUCGAGAGCAUUUCCAAGAAUCCGCCCCGCUGGACUCCAACCCGUCGACCGAAUCUUUCUACAGAAUUCAUACCCAAUCCUCCCCUCCUCCGCCCUCUAUCAUCCCCCCUCGGGCAUUCAUUCCCACGGGAACGGUCAAGCGCGCCCAAUCUAAAUUCACCGAACACUUUGGCGAUGAACCAAUAUCUCCCCCAGACUCGCGUUUGCAGUCUCCGGACAUUCCAGAGGAGGUGCCGGAAUCUUCACUGGAGCACGAUGAUGGUACAUUCUUGCAUGGCCCGACCCCUAGUGCCAGCAUGGAUAUCGUCAACCCUCGUCGGCGUCACCAUCUAUCAUUGGCCGAGAGCUUCGAUGCCGAAUAUGACAACGUGCCACUUUCCCAGUCCCUCGCAUCUAUUGACUCGGAAGGCUCAUGGAUGUCAGGUCAGUUUUUCCGCCGUAUGCAGAAACCCAGCAGCCCCAUUCGGACCAACAUGAGCCACUUUGGCCCGGCCAACUUGGAUGACCAUGAUACAGUUGAUGAAGCGCGCGAGUCGAUCGAUUCCCGCACCGCUAGCAGCAACAUCAUGGGUGAACCGGAGCUGGAGAAUGAUGUUCCUGCCGAUAACGGCAAACCCGCGGAGAUGUGGCACAACGAGGUCGGUCGUCGGCCUGUUGUGGUCAACCCGGUCUCUCGGCCAAAGUCUAAUCAAGGGGCCCUUCGGUGCAUCCCCUCUUUGUCGCCUAUCUCGGCCGAGGAGGACUUUAGCCCUGUGAGCCCUUUGGAAGAGGAAGAGGAAGACCUAAAUUUUCCCCAACGUGUGGCCAGUGUCCACGGCAUCAUUGACCACGUUUGA